CCUAUUUUUAUUUCUAUCUCUCUUCUCUUAUAAUCUAUUACAUCUUAUACUUUCUAACUCUUACUACUUGCACCUUAGUCAAGACCCUCAAGGUCAACACCCUCAUUUUCCUUCUCUUUCACAAAUCAAAUAUAAUUAAAUAUCGCCAAGCUGUAUUUAUGCACCAUUACUCUCUACCCUGUAGAUCUUGAAGGAAGCCAUUGCCAAUGGCUCACCCCUUCUACUUCUCCUGCUACACAAAAGUACUUGUGUUCUCUCUUCUUCUCUUCCUUUUUCUUUCUCUUUGCUCCACUUCCUACUCCAAACCCCAACUUGAGAGCACUAGCAGAAGCACUAGAGUUAGUAGUAGAAGAAUAUUAGAGGUUGAAAAAGAGGAGCAGGAUGAGAAGCCCCUCAAGAAGAAAACCACCACAACCCAAACCAAGCUAAUCAAAUCCAAUACUACUACUCCUUCCAAAAACCAAACCAAAACCACCAAACCUAGUAACUUAUCCUCCAAAAAUCAAACCAAAACCAUCGAAUCCAACAACACCAUUUCCAUAAAAAACCAAACCAAAUCUAAUGCCACUCCCACCAAAACCAUCAAAUCCAAUAACCUUUACUUCAAAGAUCAAACCAAACAGCUCAAGGUUAGCACAAAGGAAUCUCCCAAAACCACACCCACCGACACUGCAGUCAAGAAGAAGCUCAAUUCCACCACCACCCCCAAGAGCAAGAAGCUGAACUCCACAUCCAAAGCAACAACCCCUGUUUCCACUUCAAGCAAGAAACCACUGGAUCUCGUGAAAGCAAGUAACAAAACUACAAAAGCCACUGCCACCGACAAGCAAACCAAAUCCAAAACAAGUCAAUCUCACGAUACAAAACAGCAGAGUAAGAAACCUGCAAAACAAGCACCACCGGGUUGGUUCAUUGAUGAUGAAGACGACGACGAUUUGGUUUCAAUUUCAGAGUUCAGAGAUCUACCAAACAAGUUCCAACGCACACUGAUCCCAGAUUUGGAGCGAAUCACAACCACCUCCAAAGCCUACCUAACAAAAGCCAACGACGAAAUCACAAAAGGAUUCAAACCUUACGUCGGCAACAAAUACGCACCCACCGUCGCCGCCGUAGCCUCCUGCGCUUUCAUCUUGAUCCCUCUGCUCCUAGUCUCACUCCUCUGUACCAGAAUCAAAGCCUUCUUCUCCCUCCAGAAGAUCCUGAUCUUCAUCCAAGUGUACCUCUCGAUCUACUUCACCAUUCUCUGUGUCUCUUAAUUGGUCACCGGAAUCGAACCGUUGAAGUUUCUGUACUCCGUUGCGCACUCUACCUACGUUUUCCUUCAGGUGCUUCAGACACUGGCUUAUGUGUUCUACCUUCUGCUGCUUCUCAUGUUCCUCGUACUCGUGUUCUCCACGGAGGGUGGGCUGGGCUUGAAGUUUCUGGGCCUGGCCCAGGUGGUCGUGGGCUUUGCUGUUGGGCUUCACUACUAUGUGACGGUGUUUCAUAGGGUGGUGCUCCGGCAAACACCUAAGACGAGUUGGAAGAUAAACGGGAUUUACGCCUCGUGUUUUCUCCUCCUUUGUGUUCUUGGCAGUGUUUCAAAUCGCGUGAUGCGGCUGCACCGCGACGGUGACAUGCCGCAAUUGUCGUGUGAUUCUGAUUCACACAAAUUGCCGCUUCUUAAACGCAAUAAGAAUAAGAUCCGUAUGAGGGCAAAAACGGCACCGCAACUGCCUGGCACCAGUUGAAGUGUACCCCAGAACUUGGUAAAGCCCUCAUAGAUCUGUUCUAUGCUUCAUCAUCUUUCUUCGAUCUGCUGCUGUGAGCUGUUACUGAAUCUGCUUCAUCAUCAUCGGGUUGAAGUUGAACUCUCUGUUUUGCACUAUUGGGUCGGUGGGGGUGAAAGUAUUGAAAUGAGGAGUGGAAAACAUUAGAAAAUGAUUUUGGGAGGGACCUUUUCUUUACGGUAAUUUUGGAUGGGUCUUUGGGAUACUACUAACUACCGUGUCUCUGUUUUUUUAUCCUUUGAUUUCACAAUUGUGCCCUUUGUAAGGGCAAUUUCUUGGAUACCCAUUUAAAAGGAAGAGUUCAUACCUUUUAGUUA